UUAUUUUUGCAUUCUAUUUUAACAAAGAUGAACCCUUAGUCACCAAAGAAUGUAUUCCAUACCAUAAACUGUACUUUUAAGGGUUUUUUUUCUCUCAAGGGAUUUACACUGUUGAUUAGGUUGUACGUGAUCCCCACAUACGUGCUAUUCCAGCAGUCCAGUUGUUCCCUUGUUCCAACCUUUCCUGAAUAUUCAAUUAUUUCUCCCAAACUCCGUCUUAGCAAAGUAGUAUUUGGUUUACCUAAAACUGAGACAACACCUAGUCACGUUUUGGAGCUGGAAGUCGACUUCUUUUUGUGCUGAUGCACCUCUUGUAUAGCUCAUAAUUUGGUGGAGAACAUAGGUGGCAAUGAUUCCCGAAAAUUAUGCGUGCCUCUUUAUUGAUGCAACAUGGAAAGACAUCAUAGCUGCUUUCCGUUGUUCAGCUGUCAAUAACAGCUCUCAAGAGAGAAAGCUUAUUCAAGGCAAACUUGAAAAACUGUUUGGUGGCUCAGAACAAUGGCUUGCAUGCCUUUCAAUUCGAACUGCUUUAGAUGCAUUCUUAACUGUUAUGAAUUUUCCUCAUGGAUCAGAAUUAAUUUUCACUGCCAUAAAUAUUCCAGAUAUGGUAUCAGUAGUUGAAAGGCAUGGCCUUAAGGUUGUACCAGUGGAUUUAGAUCUUGAUUCACUAGCCCCCAAACCUGAACUUGUUGAACUUGCUGUAACAGAUAAAACAGUGGCAAUUUUGGCAGCUCACUUGUAUGGGAAGUGGAUCAAUUUAGACAAAGUGUUCCAAGUGGCACAUUCACAUGGACUAUAUGUAUUGGAAGAUUGUGCUGAAUCAUUUCAAGGCCUGGGAAGAAAAGGCCACAAACUGUCUGAUCUGACAUUUUUCAGUUUUGGUUCAAUCAAACAUUACACCUCUUUUGGUGGGGCCAUGGUCAGGGUGAAAAACUCACAGAUUCUUUCAAAAAUGAGAGCAAAGAUACACGAAUACCCAGUCCAAAACCAGUGGACCUACUUUAAGAAACUUUCUUGUUACUCUCUGUUAAUGGCAGCUGUAUUAAACAAUUCACUGUCCAAUUGGUUCUUGGUCAAUUUGUUUCAUCUAAUGGGUUUCAAGUAUAAGGAAUAUUUCAUUUCCCUGCUGCGAGCAUUUCCUGGUGGUAUAAGUUUGGACAAACUUCGUCUUCAACCAUCUGCUAUGCUUUUGGAAUUCAUGUUAUACCGGCUGAGUAGAGUGAAAAGUAAAGACUUCCGUAUGAUCAAGUUAAAAGGAGAUUUUGUGAGCAGUAAUCUGCCAAGUAAUGUGUUUGUACCUGGUCAAAGAGCAGACAUAAAAAGUUAUUGGUUGUUUCCCCUGAUAGUGGAUGACCCAGAUGAAGUUGUUACUGCACUUGAGAAGGAAGGUGUUGAGGCAUACAGAGGCGCAACGCAACUUUCCACUGUUUACAGAACAAAGCCUACUGCAGCAGACCAAAAAGACAAGGCUAAGAUCAGGCAGGAAAAUCAAACGGAAAAGCUCCUCUAUUCUUUCUCAACAUCUCAACCAGAAGUAGCUGCUGGUUCUGGUUCAUCUAAAGGAAAUGCUGCCAGCAGAUACACUACAGAAUUCAUUUGCUCUGCACCAGUCAACACUGCAACCACAAAACACACCUUUAGCAAAGAAAAAGAUGAUGUGCUCUUUCCUCACAAUGCCAAAUACCUGAUUGAUCAUGUGGUGUACCUGCCAGUGCACAAGAGAGUUUCAUUUUGGUAUCUUGAACAUAUAUGUAAUUCUGUGGAGAAAGUUAUGAAAAACCGAGUAGGGGUCAAAAUUGCCAAUACCAGCAAUGUGUUAUUUAAGUCCAAGUUGUAGAUUUCAGAAAAUUUUAUUUUAUUAUUUGAAGAUGUACUAUAUUUCCUUGAAUAAGGGCCCAUGCUCUACUAUUAGCCCUCUGCCCUGAAUAAGUGCCCCCCCCCCUCCUGCUCCCUUGAAAGAGUUGGUAUUUGUUUCAUAAUAGUUGUUAUGUUUUUAUGCAGAGGAGUAAACUUAAAUAUGAAUCAAAGAUUGAGCUUUUUAUCCAUCAUGAGAUAGAUAAGUAGUAUCAACAAAAUCACUAUUAAUGAAUUAUCUGCUAUUUUCCAAGGUUUCUUAAAAAUUAUAUUCAUGGUAAGAAGUAAGAAUUACAAAGGGAAUAAGCAAGGAUUAUUUUAAAAUGUUGAGUAAUAUAUGCACCAGAGAGGAGAGACAAAAAUGUCCUUUUUCUUAUUAUUGAAGUACCUCCUCAAAGUACAAUGAAUUAGUAAGUUUUAGUAAUGUUUUCUUCAUUGUUUUCCUUUUUUACAUUCAGGUUCACAAUCCAGUGUUUCCUUUCUUUUAAUUAUUUAUUAGCAAAAUGAAUCUAAUAAACAGAAAUCUCAAAAUGAUUAAAAAUAACAAUUGCUGUGAAGCCUCAGUACUUUUUUUGCUGUUUGUUGUGAUCUCUUCUUGAAUGUGACUUUUCCUUCAUAUCUUACUUUGAAACUUUAGUAGCAUCUUUUGUGCUCCUCAAAAUUGAAUUUUGGCAGCCAUUUUGGUAGCCAGUAAUUAGUGCUAUAGUCACCUGGCAGGAGGUGAGAGAUGAUGCAAUCCUCAACCAAUGAGAACACAAGAAUCUCUGUAAUCACUUGGGCAAUUAUGUUAAUAUUGUAUAACUAUUUUCUGAACAAAUUCAGGUUGUUUUUGUGUAAUUGCCAGUUACAAUAAGAAUACUAUUAACAGAACAAAGUGCAUGAACAUCACCACAGAAAGUUCCUGGAAUGAACAGAAGUUUACAAAAUGCUGAGGGGGUGGGGGGGGGGGGGGAGCAAGGCUCUAAGACCCUGCAGGGGAGCAUGUGGGAAAGGAUUGCAGCCCAGGUAACAAAAAAAUCUAAGUUACAAUGCUCCACAUUUAUUAUAAAUACAAGAAAUCCAUACAAGAUUGCAUCUCAACAUUUGGAAAGAUACAAGGGAAAGGAAAUAAUCCUAGCACUCAGAUUUGUACUGGGGGUGCCAUAUGUACAGUUAUUAUUGUUAAUAAAAAGUAAAAGACA